CACAGGAAAAUAUACACACAACUGACGUACAGGAGACCAAAAAGAAUAUAUGGAGCGUCGUAGCUCGAAAGCUAGUAGUAGGUGACAUAGAAGGGAGUAUUGACUCCUUAGAGUCAUUCAACUCAAGCACAGACAAAGAAACCAAAUGCGCAAUCGAAGCGCUAUUGCCUCAUCUGAGAGCUAUGCCUUUGAUGAAUGAUAUGAUGUACUCCAGCAGACUGAGGGACUGGAAGGAGUGGUCGCGCUCGAUACAGGCAGAUAGGAACAAUCUGAUCGCAAUCUCAGAGAGAAUUAAAGUAGUCGUGGCGAUACUUUGUGGCGACGAUUGGGCUAUAAGUCCUAAGUGCGAAUCUUGGAUAGAAUAUGCGAUCGCAAGACUAAUGUUUGCCACCCCGGAGAUCACCUUAGAUCGCGUUUCUGAGCACACGGAUCAAUGGUUCAAUGCAAAACCCACCACAACCAGCAAGACUGACGGCCUCCACACAGGUCUACUCAGCGAUAUUCUUAAAGCGGUACUGAAGAAAGACACAGUGACCGUGUUGGAGAAAAGCGCGUCCUUGUCAGAGGAUAGUCUCCUCCUCACGGCACAUUUGGCUGAUAUACUAUUCCACCUCGGAGGCUACCAUAUGAAUGACACAUUGAGUUGUGGAAUCACGCUGAGGCAGUGGUUUUUGAUGCAGUAUGCCGAUCAGCUGCUGUCACAGAUAUCGCUCGACGACGGUGAAUGCCGCAUGCUGGAGAUGGCCGGCAACUACUAUGCACAAUGUGGUCCACAAGGAGCAAGGAGGUUUGCCAUUGCACUGCAACGGAUACCUAUAGAUAGUGAUAACACGGGUCACCGCAUAAUCGAAUUGGCUCAGGAACAUGGUCUAGUAGAGACUGUGGGAUAUAUCUGCAGCGUACAAGGGGCUCAGUGUGUUCGCAGGAAUGACUACAGUGCCGCUGUCAGGUGGUAUACUCAGGGCAAUCAUAUCAGAUUCGCACAACGAGCGGCGAAUGAGCUUCUAAAAUCAACGCUGCAACGGAAAUGCUCGGAUCAACCUUUGAGAAGCAUGAGAUCGUCCGCGAACAGGCUUCUGGUGGAUCAACUCAAGUCCAGCCCACAGCUCAACUUAAACGAUACCCAAGCUGAGUUGCUUUUGCGCAUACUCGAAGGAGGCGACGAGGCGAAUACGGCGUAUCCUCCAAGUAGGAAUAUCGCACAGGCUCUUAAGAUUCUGACUGAGGAGCGGUGCAAUACAAUAAAACUAUAAAUACGAGUCG